CAAAGAAGAGAAGGGGAAACGGAAGGGCGAGAGUGCGUGAAGGAAACGAGGUGUGAAAUCCGCGGUCACCGCCGACGAGGACGCCGGAUGUCUCGCGAGCAGAAAGGACGGGAGAGUGAGAGGAGUGUGAGAGUGAGAGUGAGAGGGGUGUGAGAGUGUGUGUGUGUGAGUGGACGCGCAUCUGAACACCGACAAGUGACUGACGUUCAUUCGGUGUUUCUGAAACGUGGACACAUCGCGCGAGGUAUAUCGGCGGAGGGUGAUCUGAGCAAUCAGAGGGACAGACCUCUGGCCUUUAGGCACCAGAUGACAAUCGGUGUGAUUUUCCUACUCUGAAAUGUCCAGGCGUCCGAGCUGAAUCCACCGAGACCGGAUAAAGAACGGAAACGGCGACAACGCGACACAACACUCAGCACUCAGCACUCAGCACGACCCGCCUGACAGCCAGGCGCUGUCUGUUCUGAGAUGGCUUUCCUCUUCUACUGUCUCUCACUUCUGCUGGUGGUUCUGGUCCUAUUACCCGUACCCUGUGUCGGAUGUCCCUCUGGCUGCCGGUGCUACAGCCUGACAGUGGAGUGUGGAUCUAUUGGACUCAAAGAGAUACCACGAGGCAUUGCUCACGGAACACAGACUAUCUUCCUGCAGGAUAAUGCCAUUGGUCAGAUCCGGGCAGAGGACUUGUCUGGCUUGGGUCACCUGCACUAUCUAUACUUGCAGAAUAACAGCAUCUCAGUUCUGGAGGCCAGUGCCUUCGUGAGUCUGGGCCAACUGCUAGAGCUUGCACUCAAUGGCAACCGCCUCCAUCUGAUCUCUGCAGAUGCCUUUCGUGGUCUUGAGCACCUGCGCAUCCUCUACCUGGCAAAGAACCACAUCAACCGACUGGAGGAUUACACUUUCCGUGGACUGCAGCGUUUGCAAGAGCUGCACCUGCAGGAGAACUCGAUGGAGGUGUUAGAUGAGCAGGCUCUUAUGGGCCUGUCUUCUUUGGCUCUGCUGGACCUCAGCAAGAAUAACCUGCGCACCUUAAGUGCUGUCACUCUCAGACCUCUCAUCAGCUUGCAGGUGCUGCGCAUCACAGAUAAUCCAUGGCGUUGCGAUUGUGCUCUUCACUGGCUCCGCGGCUGGAUAAACACUGAGGGUCAGCGGUUGCUGAGCUCAGCUGAGCGGAGGCUGCUGUGCUCUGAACCACCACGUCUGUCACACCUGAGCCUGGUAGAGGUCCCAGCUAAUAGCCUGGUGUGCAUCCCACCUGCUGUACAACUUGAACCGAGGGAACUAAGUGUACGUUUGGGUGAGAGCAUCCGUGUGUCUUGUCAGGCCUCAGGUUACCCGCAGCCUCAGGUCACCUGGAGGAAGGUGUCCUAUGGUAGGGCUCAGCUAUCACCACGAGGUCUGGUGCAAGAGGAAGGGAUAGACGGGGACAGCAGGAAGCCAGUGACAGCCAAGCCUGGGGCUAAUGGAGUCAAUGUAGGAAACCAUGGACCAACAGAUGAUGGUGGGGACAGGGAGAGCUUUGAUCAAGACAUGGGCAGUGGUAUGCUGUUUCUGAGUAAUGUUACAGUGGCACACGCAGGACGCUAUGAAUGUGAGGCCUGGAAUCCUGGAGGAGUGGCACGUGUGACCUUCCACCUUGCUGUCAAUGUUUCAUCUUCAUCUUUAUCCUCAUCCUGGCCUCGUCUGCACCCUUCGUCAUCCUCCUCAUCCUCUUCGCACCACCGGCCAUCCUUGGGUGAUGUCAGCCAGGAGCCACUGUAUGAGCUUGAGAGCAUGGACUUCAGUGCCCUGGGCACAGCCACCCAAACAGCCAUUGCUGUGGGUAUCUCACUCCUGGCACUGACUGCCCUACUAUUGCUGUGCAUGAUCUACAGCCGCCAUAGGCAACGGCAGAAAGAGGAUGGUGCCUAUGGCAAGGAGGAGAGCAUCCUCUAUGUCAACGACUACUCUGACGGACCGACUACAUUUGCACAGCUUGAGGAGUACCGGGAUGAGCGUGGCCAUGAAAUGUAUGUGUUAAAUCGGGCCAAGCCUGUGCUGCCUCCACCACCUACUUCUGGCCAGCAUGGGGUACUACAGCCUAGAGAAGUGCUCCAGGGCCAAAGCACUCUGACAUCUACCAUUGGACCACGCAGAGCCCCAGCAGAGGGAAUAGAAGGUUCACCACCAGACCCUGAGGGACUAUUUAUAAACCAGAGUCUGCUUUUUGACACACAGAUUGCGUAUGAGAUCCACUGCUGAAGAAGACUAAAAGCAGAUCGAUCAGAGAAGGCACUCCAUAAGGCCAGUUAGAAAAAUGCUCUUUGUGGCUCGACGUCAGCCCGAUGGGAUCUCUGAUUAGUUUGCCUAUUUCUAUUCUAUCUUUUGAUUAAUGUUAAAUGAAAGGGAGAAGCUGAAGGUUGCAUCAAAAGGAUAACAUCCCAGGCAUACCUUGCACAGGACAAGUAGGAUACAGAAAUUUCUGUCACCUGACAUAAUGCUUUAGAAUUCAAACUCCCAACAAAUGCCUAGGGAGACAUGGUAGUACUGCUGCCUCCCAGCUCAAGGGUCCCUGGUUCAAUCCUGAGCAUGGGUUACUAUCUGCGUGGAGUCAAUGUGCAUGGCCUUCGCCUGUCCAUGCGGGAUUCCUCUGGGUUUUACAGUUUCCUAGCACCUUCCUAAAAGCAACCUGCCUCCUAGAUGGAUUGGCUGCACUAAAUUGCCCCUAGGUAUGAAUGAGUGUGUGGGCAUGGUGCUCUAUGAUGGACUGGUUGUGUAUUCUUCCCUCAAACCCAGUGUUUCUGGGAUAGUCUCCGGAUCCACUGCAGUCAUGAGCAGGAGAAAGCGCUUGCUAAAGAUGAAUGAUUCAAUUAAAAAAAAAAAAAAAAAGCCACAUAAAUACCUUCAAUGGUUAGAUGAACCUACUGAGGAGAAAACCAGCAUAUUGGACAUUUCAUUUAUUUUUCACCAAGUUGAAAAAUAGGAAAGAUGCUUGAGCAAGCUGCUAUAUUCUGACAGACACUCAUCUGUUUUUUUUAUUGUUUUUCUUUUGCAUAGUGAGUAAAAAAAGAAGCCAUUUUUUUCUAUAUAUUUUUCUUCUGUUUCAUCCAGACAGCAUGGAUAGUUUUAUCAUCUAUUCUAACUGCCUAUUCACUGUCUUUAUAUUUUGAGAGCCUUUUAUUUGUACCUACAAAUGAUUUUGAUGCACAUUUAGUGGUGCAUAAGAAGACCAGUGAGUCACCUAGACUGAGACAGAGUGAAGUUAUGUCUGUAUUUGUGAUAGCCAACAAUCUAAUAAAUUUAUUGUCUUUAAUUAGGUUGCUCUCUCUCUCUCUCUCUCUCUCUCUCUCAUGCUUUUGACCUCUGUUUAAAUAACACUGUGAAAAGAAAAGUUCUAGUCACUAGAUUUCCUGAUCAAUUACCAACAUCUCUAUAAUUGCAUUGUGCUCUGUUUGUCUCCAGACAGCAUUUUGUAUGACAUUAUAAUAUUGUUCUCUGGAGUGUAGGGUAUUUUUUUUUGUUCUUAAAUCUUGCCAGGUUUGUACAGAAACAGCCUAGUAAUUACUUCAGGGUAAAAAAAAAAAAAACACUCAUCACAGCUGGUCACAGCAUCUGAAGGUGUUCAACUUAAGCUCAAUAAAAUAAUUUGGAACAGUAUGUAUUUUUUUGUUUGUCAAAUGUCCAAUAAAUGUGACGUUAUGUUUAUCUAAAUAAAUAAAAUCUGUUUUUUGGUCCAA